AUGGCGCCCUCCAAGUGGGAUGACGAGGAAGAGAGCACCUCUCCCCCUCCUGUUGCCUACCGUCGCAAGUUUGACGACGAGGAAGAAGAGGAUGUCCUCGACUCGUGGGACGCGGCCGAAGACUCGGAAGUAGAGCGGGAGAAGGCAGCCAAGGCGGCAGAAGCGAAGGCGAAGGCGGAAGCCGAAGCGGCGGCCAAGAAGAAGAGCAAGGCGCAGCGGAUACAGGAGCACAAGGAGGAGCGCAAGAAGCGGGAGGAGGAGGACAGCUCGAGCGAGAGCGAGGAGGACGAGGCGGAGCGGCGGGCGCGGCUGCGGCGGACGGAGAAGGACUCGGACCUGAAGCACGCGGAGGAUCUGUUCGGGGACAUCGACCUGAACCGGACGCGCAACCGGGGCGCGCCGAAGGCGGUGGUGGUCAGCGACUCGGCGGACCCGACGCAGGCGGUGGACCUGUCGGCGAUGCCGCUGUUCAAGCCGACGACGAAGGACCAGUUCACGCGGCUGACGACCACGCUGGCGCCGCUGCUGACGGCGCACUCCAAGAAGCCGCAGUAUGCGCUGUGGGCGCAGGAGUUCACCAAGCAGCUGGUCAAGGAGCUGAACAGCGGCGACGUGAAGAAGAUCGCCAGCGCGUUGACGACCAUGAGCAACGAGAAGAUGCGCGAGGAGCGCGCCGCCGACAAGGGGAACAAGAAGUCCAAGGCCGCCAAGACCAAGGUGUCGCUGGUCACCAGCCGCGAGAACAAGAUCGAUGCUUCCUACGAUGAUGAUGAUGGCCUGGAUGACGAUGACUUUAUGUGA